AUGUGAUUUUUAUCUUUCAAGACUGAAAAAUGUCAUGAAUAUCAAAAUUUGUGAUUGUGGCAGACAUGAGCACGCCUUUCGUGGCCGUAGCCCGCCUGGAGGACCCCGAUUUGUCUAUUCGGAUACACCAAUUAAAUGUUCACCCCUUUCAACAUUUACAAUUACAUGAAGGGGAGGCGAAGAGGCUUACCCCGGUUGAUCACAACACGACCAAUAAUGGCGAAUCGAGGGCGUAGGAGUUAUUUGAAAAGAAUGGGUCUGACUGACAUGUUCGCAACUUCGCCUUUCGACGCCGAAGUCGAGAAGGCCACCAACGAGAACAACACCAGCGAAGACUGGGGCAGGAUCAUGGAGAUAUGCGAUAAGGUGUCCAACUCGUCGGUCAAAGCGAAGGACUGCCUCAGGUCCAUAGUGAAAAGACUUCAGAACCAGGACCCGCACAUCGUCCUACAAGCUAUAACCCUUUUGGAUGCAUGUAUUAACAACUGUGGAAAGACGUUUCAAUUGGAAGUGGCUUCACGUGACUUCGACUCUGAAAUGAAGAAGGUGGUCAAAAGGUGGCUGCCAAGUAGCCCCGUCGGCGGAAAGUUGAGGGUGCUAAUCAAAAAGUGGUCUGAAUCAGACCUAAAGAACGACGACCAACUCAGCCUCAUGACGUCUAUGUGGUCUAGGAUGCGUAGCGAGGGUAUAGACCUGACAAUACACUCAGACCCGAGCACAUCGACUAGAUCCCAAAGGUCAACUGACCCCAAUCAUGUUUCAAGCCAGCAAGAAGUUGAUGAUAUAGCAAAAGCUAUAGAGCUUAGCCUAAAAGAAAGCACAUCUCCCAAGACGCAACAUAACACAAGCCUAGGUACCACAUCACUCUAUCCAAGCAUUGGAACGUCGAAUACCCAGAACUCGAACCCAAAACAGAGCGAACCGAGGAAGGUGAGGGCUUUGUACGAUUUUGAAGCAGCUGAAGAUAACGAAUUGACAUUUUUCGCUGGAGAAAUAGUACAUGUUACUGAUGAUAGCGAUGUGAACUGGUGGAGAGGCUGCAACCAAAGAGGAGAAGGGCUUUUCCCAGCCAAUUUUGUCACCUCUGAUCUCUCAGUCGAAACAGAAAAAAAACCUGAGAAGAAAGGAAUUAGUUUUAAUGAGACAGUAGAGGUGAAAACAAUUAGGCCAUCAAAAAAAGUCGAGAUAGAUGCAAAGAAAAUCGACCUACUUUUAGGUAUGCUCCAUGAAGUCGAUCCAACGACAGAAGGCCCCGAUCCAGAAGAACUCCUCGCCUUGGAAGAAGAAGUGACAGAGAUGGGCCCCCUGAUAGACGCCGAGUUAGAGCGUGUAGACCGGAAACACGCUCAACUCUCCGAACUAAGUGGUAGCCUGGUCGAGGCGCUCGGGAUUUACCACACGUUGAUGCGCGAGCCGAUGCAGUACAAACCGAUGUACCAGACGCUUCCACCCCCUGGUCACUAUCCGCCCGGGCAGCAGCAGCUGCCUCAUUAUUUCAACUUCCAGCCGCCGCCACCCCCGCAACAACAUAUCAACCCCGGCCCUCCUCCGCCACACUUCAACGGGAACAUCAACCCUCAGGCACCGCCGCAUUUCCCACCACACCAACCCCUGCAGCAUUUUCAACCUCCUCCUCCUCCCCAACCACCCUCGUCAUCCCAUUGACACGUUAACUCAUAUUUAUGUACAUAGCGGAAAUAAAUAUUGUAAAGUAUCUGAUAAAGAAAAAAAAAUUCUUUGUAAAUAAGCAAAGUUUAUCAUUUUGUAUUAUUGUAAUUAAUGGAAAGUAAAACAAUUCGAUAAUUUUCAAUAUAUAUAAUACAUCGUGUUGCUAAAUUUUAUUAACCACUUUGUUAUAGUCAUAAAAGAUUAUCUCCUCCAGAAUAAACAAGAAAUUUGUUUUUGUUUUUUUAUUAUAUAUUAGUUUUUUCUUCUUUUAUUGUAUUCCAUUUGUUUGAAAGUAUGCAAGUUAGAGAGUUAUAAAUAUCAGAACUAUUCAUUAUAUUAUUAUGUAAUUUUUUCAGUGUUGGAGACAAGUUUGGAAGUUAUGAAAAAAUGAAAAUUUGUAUUUUUCUAAUUUUUAAAGUAAAGUAGACAAUAAAGAGAAAAAGGAAUAUCACAACAAGUAAACGUAUUUGUCUCUACAAUUUAAAUCAUUCCAAUUUAUAGUUUUUACAUUCGGUAAAUUAUUUAUAUAUAUAAUAUAUCUGAUGAUAAUAUUAUUUGAACGUAUAAAACAUGUCGCUAGUUUUGUUUUUUUGUGAUUUUAAUUGUAAGUUUUAUUGUGAUGGAUUAUAUUUAAACAAUUUUGGUAUAUUUUUAACCGAACAACAAUUGGUAGUAGCUAAAAGAUUGGAAUGUGCAAUAAACAGUGCAUCAAGAUGUUAGUGCUUUUUAAACAGUGAUAUGUCAUGAUACAUAUUAUAUAAAAGUAAAUAUACUGGAUUGUUAACAA